AUGUUCCUGAAGGCACCUCUGCUUCUUGGGCUCCUUGUGCUGGGGCCUCAUGUCUGCAGUUCCAACUUUGUAGACAUUAGUAAGAGCUCCAGUUUCUUUGCCAUGUGUGUGGAAUUUGCCAUGUUUCAAUUCAACCAAGCCCAUCCGGAUGAGUACGCUUACAAGCUGCUGUGGGUGGGGAGAAGCCAACGCAAGAGGUGGACAAUGACAUUUUUAAUGGACUUGGAGAUGGGCCGCACAAUUUGUAAAAAAUAUGCUGAAGAUAUUGAAAACUGCCCCUUGCAAGAAGGCCCAGGCGAGAAAAAGGUGGACUGCACUUUUAUUGUGGAUGCCCGACCAUGGUUUUCCCAGUUCACCCUGAUGAACAGCACCUGCAUGCAGAAAUAG